AACUUAUUAUUGUUUCCUUUUUUUACACUUUCGAUGUGUUUCAUUCAUUCAUUCCAUUUAAUUGUUUUCUAUUUUAUUAAAUUUGUACCAAAACCAAUACGAACAUUUUUUUCGAAGUAAAUCUGAUAUUAUUUACAUCUAAUGUUAUUUACUGACGUAUGCUGUAUGGAAAUUUUUACAUAAAAAAGUACUCGAUACCUUGAAGUAUUGAUACUUAAAUGAGUCCGUACUUUUUUAUCGAUUCAACACUUUCGAGUUCGGUGACGAAAUAACCGCAGAAAAUACAAAACUGACACGAUGACAGCUGACAGAUGAGUGUGAUGAAAGUUGACACUUUGACAGUAUUUCUAUAUUUGUUUUUUUUUGGUCGUUGCGUUUUCGUGUGAGUUAUUUGAGUUGUGAUUUUUUUUGUAUCGAUGAAAUGAGCCGAUAAUAUCAAUAUUUAUGACCGCUCACUUUGAUUAGAAAUGUAGAAUAAAAUGUAAUGGUUUUAUAUUCUGGAGUUUAACAAUUUAUUAUACAUCCUCCAUCACUACAUAAUGGCAACCUGAAAAACAAUCAAAACUGAAAACUAAAUAUUUUUAGGAGUUCAUAGUAAUAUAAACAGUCUCUCAGUAGAUAAUUAAAUAUGUCUGAUGUGUCUGAAGAUGAUGCUGGAGAAUCUGGAAGCCCUGUUCGAGAAGUUCGAGCUUCUAGGCCAACACUAGCCCAGUUGAUGGAAAUAAUAUCAUUUAUGGAAGAGCACCCAGACCUGGCUCGCAGAAGGAAAAAUGUAGGUCUGAAGAUUCAAGCCAAACAUAAGAAAUUAUGGACUAAACUAGCAAAACUGGUUAACUCUGUGGACGGACCUAAAAAAACAAAACCAGCUUGGAUCAAGUUUUGGUCAGACAAACGACGAAGUUUGAUUAUCAAACAGAAACAAAUUGAGCAAGGUAAACUUAAAAGCCGGCUGACACCAUUACAACGAAAGAUUUUAGUGUUAUGUGAUUAUAAAUUCGCACAAACUAGGAAAUUUCGCAGCAGUGUGGGAAGAGUACCUGUCAAUGGUAAUGCGUUUGAAGAUGCUUCGAAAGGUGGCCAUUAUUUAUCGGCAGCAGAACAACGACAGAUCAAAAUGAUUGACCAAUUGAUUGAUGUGAUGGAUGAGCAAACAGCUGCAAUGACACAACUGUCAGAAGCCACUCUCACUAGCUCAAAAGCCUUGGAGCAAAUAGCAGACGCAUCUUAUGAACAAGCCCUAGCAGUAGACCGAGUGGCCGGCACUUUUGAAAGUAUUAACGUAUCGGUGAACGAUAUCAGGAAUGCGCUACUAGGAAUAGAUUACACCAUGAAACGGUGCUACCCUGCCACACACCAAAGGCAUAAUAAUAUAUUCAGUUGAAAAUUUUAUAAACUUCCACAAACAAUGGUUAAACCAUUACGACCUUAACUUCUAGUUCCUUAAGUGUCAUUAUCGUACACUUAAUUUGCCUAUAAUCUCUCGUACAACGUAUCGAAUAUUUAUUUAUCUGUGGUAAGUUAGAUAACCUUUGUAUUAAAUGUUAAUUAAGGAGGUACUGUAUUUAAUGAAUAAGAUUAAUUAAAAAUAAUUAUGAUUAGUGA